GCACUGAGCUACUAUCAGUGCACACAAAUCUUCCAUACCCUUGAGGAUCUUAAUACUGUACUAGGCAUAUAACUCGCGAUCCGGAAACGACCAAUAGCCAACAUGUCAGACGAAGACAAAGAGCUGUUGGCGCGCAUCGGUCAACUCGCUGGCCAAAUUAAUCGACACAAAAGUCAGCAAGCCAACUACCGCUCCGUCCCGCCAUCCCAUCACCCUGGGCGUCAUCGAGGAAAUGCGUAUCGUCAAGCAAGCGCGCCUUAUCCGACCAGAGGCUACAGCGGCCGGCCAGCCGCCACACACCGCAACAGAACACUGCAUCUCAACGCUUCGGCAUCUGCUUCAGGGUCUGCCUCCAGCUCGGCCGCCCCCAGCCCUGCUCCUACGACACCGGGCUGGGUGACCAAAAACGAUCGCCACCGCCAGCUCAUAAACGCUAAUAUAUAUGAGAAAGAAAGCCAAAAUCGGGCCAAGGCUAUCGAAGAGACUCGCCAGAGAAGAAUUCAAGAGCAGAAGCGCCGGGAGAAGCAGCGAUUUAGCGAAUACCUUCGCCACCAGGCCACAGUGGACGGAUUUCCAAGCACAAGCACUAAUCCCGCAGUGACGAAUGAAAUAACGGUCAACGGUAUUCGCUUCCGCGUCUUAGAUGGAGGGAAAAAACUUGUUAAGACGCUCGGUGACCCUUCCCCCCCUAAUAUGACGCCAAAGAUGACUGUCAUUGCUGGUGUCAAGUUCCAUCGUACAAAGACUGGAAAUCUUGUGGCGCAGAGGAUAGUCAAAGAUCACCGUCGAUCCGGUACGGUCAAAAAACUUGAUCAACGAUGCAAAAUCUUUUCAACGACUGGUUCCUGUUCAAAAGGCCCAGCCUGCCGAUACGUUCAUGACCCCGACAAGGUGGCUCUUUGCAAGGAUUUCUUGAAAGACGGCAAGUGUCCCAACGGCGAGUCUUGCGAUCUCUCUCAUGAGCUUACCCCAGAACGUGUCCCGAAUUGUUUGCACUUUGCCAAAGGACAAUGCUCCCGGCCUGACUGUCCCUUUACUCACUCCAAAGCCUCCCCAAGUGCCCCCGUGUGUGCGGCAUUUGGCUUCUGUGGAUACUGUGACAAGGGUGCAGACUGCACCGAUCGCCACGUCUUUGAAUGCCCAGACUUCAGCAAUACCGGUAUCUGUAAAACCAGAGGAUGUAAGCUGCUCCAUCGUGAGAGGGCAAGCGUCCUCCGAAACCAGGCCAAACAGCGCGACGAGGCCCAGGAUGUCUCCAGCGAAGAUGAGUCAGUCGAUUCUGACGAUGUCGAUUCUGACGAAGUGGCCGAGUUCCUCGAGGGCGAUUCCGAUGACUCUGACUUUGACAACCCAAAGGACUAUCUCCCCCUUUAACCGAGUCAAAGUAGAUUAGACGGCCAUCGUCCUUGGAUAUGUCGAAUCGUUCACUAUUCAGCGCCUCUGCAGUUUCAUACCUUCAACUUUUUUUGGAGACUACAUGCUAUGCUUUUUAUUCUUGUUUUUUUUUUUUUUAAUUUAAUUUAGCAAGCAGUAAAUUCUACGACGAGACAUGACGCUCUUGUCGGCUGGGGGUGGGCUUUAUACUAAGAUACCCUUUUAUUCAGCAUUUUAACAUCAUGUUUUCUUCUCCUCCUUUAACAGCUGCAGAGGUGCAAAUAAAACGAUGAUUACAAUGCCGAGAGAGAAAAGGAAGAGAAAAAGAAUAAAGGGAAGAGAAGACUUUAUUGUCAGGAAAGAAAAAUACAUGUUCGUAAAGGAAAGAGGAUAAAAAGAUUGAG